UAUCAGUUUUUGUUCCUGUGUUUAGAUGAGCUGAUCUUUAUUCAUCAGCUGAAAUGUGCCUUAAAGAAGAAGUAUCAGUGUGUGUUUGAAGGAAUUGCACAGCAUGGAGACUCCACACUCCUGAAGAACAUCUACACAGAUCUCUAUAUCACUCAGGGUGGCAGUGAACAGGUCAAUACUGAACAUGAGGUCAGACAGAUUGAAGUUGCUUCCAGACGUCAAGAAGCUCAAGAGAAACAGGUUGAAUGCAGACAUUUGUUUGAAGCGUCUGAACAAGACAAGCAGAUCAGAACUGUACUGACUAAAGGAGUCGCUGGCAUCGGGAAAUCAGUCUCUGUGCAAAAGUUUGUUCUGGAUUGGGCUGAAGGAAAUGAAAAUCAAGAGAUCAGCUUCAUAUUUCCUCUUCCGUUCAGAGAGAUGAACUUACAGGAGAUUGAAAAACUAAGCUUGAUGGAGCUUAUAACUCAGUUUUUCCCAGAGACAAAAGGACUGAACCUUACUAGAAGAAAUCAAUUCAAAGUCCUGUUCAUCCUUGAUGGAUUGGAUGAAUGUCGUCUUCCUCUGAACUUUGCUGGUAAUGAGACGUGUCGUGAUGUUUCGUCACCAGCCUCUCUGGAUGUUCUCCUGACGAACCUCAUCAAGGGAAAUCUGCUUCCUUCUGCUCUCAUCUGGAUCACCAGCAGACCAGCAGCUGCCAGUAAGAUUCCUCCUGACUGUAUCGAGCGGCUGACAGAGAUACGAGGAUUCAAUGAUGCACAAAAGGAGGAGUACUUCAGAAAAAGAUUCACAGAUGAGAAUCAGGCCAAAGAAAUCAUUGAUCAUGUUAAACAAUCAAAGAGUCUCUUCAUCAUGUGCCACAUCCCAGUCUUCUGCUGGAUUUCAGCCACUGUUCUCCAGAACAUUUUACAGGAGAAGAGAAAAAAUGAUGUGAAACACAAUCAGGCUGAUGAUGCCUCCAAACCACUGCAGGAAUUAAACACUGAAGAGACUCCCAAGACUCUGACACAGAUGUACACACACUUUCUGCGCUUUCAGAUCCAGCAGAGCAGAAGAAAGUAUGAUGGAGAAUACACACCAGAUGUGUCCUGGGAUAAAGACGCCAUCUUUUCACUGGGAAAACUGGCAUUUCAUCAGCUGCUAAACAGCAACCUGAUCUUCUAUGACACAGACCUGGAAGCCUGUGGUAUUGACGUCUAUAAGGCCUCAGUUUACUCAGGCAUGUGUACCCAGAUCUUUAAGAAGGAAACAGGGAUUGUUCUUGGGACCAUGUACUGCUUUGUUCACUUGAGCAUUCAGGAGUUUAUUGCAGCCCUUUAUGCACAUCUGAUUCUAGACAUCAACAAGAAAAGUGUGUUUGAUCAAGACUCUAGAAACAGAAAUGAAUCCAUGAUUGAUUUGCUGAAGACUGCAGUGGACAAGGCACUUGAGAGUGACAGUGGACACCUGGACCUUUUCCUACGCUUUCUUCUCGGUCUGUCUCUCCAGUCCAAUCGGCGACUCUUACGAGGUCUGUUGGCACAGCAAGAUGACAAUGACCAGAUGGAAAUAGUUCAGUACAUCAAGCAGAAGUUUGAAGCGAAUCUUUCUCCAGAGAGAUCCAUCAAUCUGUUCUACUGUCUGAAUGAACUGAACGACCAAACUCUGGUGAAAGAGAUUCAGACUCACUUUAGCAAAGGAAGUCUCUUAUCUGCUGAUCUUUCACCUGCCCAGUGGUCUGCUCUGGUCUUUGUGUUGUUGACAUCAGAGGAGGAGGUGGAGGAGUUUGAGCUUCAAAAAUUCAAGAAAUCAGACGAGUGUCUCAUCAGACUAUCAGCAGUCAUCAAAACCUCCACAAGAGCUCUGUUAAAUGAUUGUAAGUUAACAGACAGAAGCUGUUCAACUCUGGCUUCAGUUCUCAGGUCAGAAAACAAUAUGAAAGAGCUGAACAUGAGCAAUAACAAUCUGCAGGAUUCAGGAGUAAAGCUGCUCUGCUCUGGACUGAAGGAUAUUAAGUGCGAGUUAGAAAUACUGAGUCUUUCAGACUGCAGAAUCCGCGAAGAAGGUUAUAAAGCUCUGGCUUCAGCUCUGAGAUCAAACCCUUCUCACCUGAUAGAGCUGGAUCUCAGAGGAAAUGAUCCUGGACAAUCAGGAGUGAAGGAGCUCUCUGAUUUACUGCAGGAUCCACACUGUACACUGAAGACACUGAGAUUUAGUAAGUGUGAUCUAACAGAGGAAAGCUGUUCAGCUCUGGCUUCAGUUCUCAGAUCAGACUCCAGCAGUCUGAAGGAUCUUGACCUGAGCAAAAAUAAUCUGCAGGAUUCAGGAGUGAAGCUGCUCUCUGAAGGACUGAAGGACAGUAAACUGGAGAAACUCAGUCUUUCAGACUGCAGUAUCAGUGAAGAAGGUUAUAAAGCUCUGGCUUCAGCUCUGAGAUCAAACCCUUCACACCUGAUAGAGCUGGAUCUCAGAGGAAAUGAUCCUGGACAAUCAGGAGUGAAGGAGCUCACUGAGUUACUGCAGGAUCCACACUGUACACUGAAAACACUGAGGUACUUUAACGUUUUUGAGUCCUGCUGCUAA